AAACGUCUUAAAUAUAAACCGUAGAUAAGCAUGAGAGAAAAUGGCUUCCCUGUGUUUGAUAAGAUUUAGCAAAGACGUUUUACGACCUUCAAAUCUAAUUAGAGGAAGCUUAAGAGCAGCAUGUCUUCCUUUACACCAGACUAAAGUAGAAUAUUGUGUCUGGCAUAAUGGAGACUUACUACAGACAGGAUCAACUAGUCAAAUAAUAUCCUCAAGAAAUGCUGGAUUCUUUACUAGAUUAACGGCGGAAGAAUUAUGGAGUGGUGUGACGGGUGUCAGUAACCAAGGUAAAAAAAGAGGUCGAGGUAGGAAUAUAAGGGGGAGAAUUGUUGAUUUGAACAGAGGACAAAGACUUGGAGAAGGCCGAGUACCGAUGGUAUGGCCGGGGUUGACUGUUUCACCAACAAAAGGUAGUGAAUAUCAGAAAUUACGAGAGUUGGAACCAAAUCCUAACAGAGAAGAAAAAUUGUUAGCAGCCAGGGUCAAAACGAAUAAAGGAAGAUUUAAAAUAUCAUCGCUAGAACGGGGUUGGUCUGGCGCUCGAUUUCCAGGCAUGAGUAUUGGUCCUCCAGAUCCAAUAAAUGACUAUACAUUUGAGGGAUUUGAUUCAAGGGUUUUAGAGUAUAAAAUGGUUGCUAAUGUAACAGGUAAUAUGGGUAAAAGGAUGAGAGCCAGUGUAAUGGUUGUCACUGGUAACGGUAAUGGUCUGGCAGGUUUUGCUGUUGCCAAGGCCCCACUGGGAAGAACUGCAAUUAGAAAAGCUAAGAAUAAGGCAGCUCAACGAUUGCUGUAUGUAGAACGUUAUAAUAAUCAUACGGUCUACCAUAAUAUGUACAACAAGGAACAACAAACAGCUCUUUAUAUAGAAAAGGCUGCAGCUGGAGCUGGUUUACGCUGUCAUCGUGUUAUAAAAACUAUCUGUGAGGUUAUUGGUAUUAAAGAUUUAAAGGUCAAAGUUGAAGGGUCGGCACGGAAUUAUCAAAAUAUAACUAAAGCCUUGUUUGAUGCCCUCAGAAAUCAGGAAACUCACCAGGAUUUGGCGGAUCGAUUAAAACUGAAUGUGGUCGAGUAUCAAAACAAUAUGGAGAAUGUUCCGAUCGUUGUUGCCAGACCCACGACAGGAACAGUAACCAAAGAUCAAAAACCACAGGACGAAAAUCUAGAUUUUGAUAAUUUAUAUUACAAUGGACGUGUACCUUACAAGAAACCCAAGAAAAUACCUUUUUUCCAAAAACAAAAACCCUACAAGAAGAAAUGGUUUCAGUUAUAUAAAAGUCGAAAUCAAGCAGACGCAAGACGGGAACGAUGUGUUCUUGGUAUAGAGCCAUCAGCGAAGGAACUAUCAAAGAGAAAUUUACCUUUAAAGUGAAUGUGUAGUAAAUGGACUUGGACUUAUUAUAAACUUUUUAUAUUCUGAACUAAACAUGCAUUGGUGUAACAGCAGGCCACAUAUGCGUUGAAGUUCCGAUUUGCUGAAAUCAGAGUGAACAGACUCCGAUGCCUGCUCACUCGAAAAUCCGAGCCCACGAUUGAAGGAUUGCCUCUCCGUAGCUGGUAAUCAACUCUGGUUCUGAUCAUACAACUCCUUCUGUGUUUCCAGAAACUGUUCGACAUGAUCGAAAACCGCAUGGCAUUUCGACCUUAUCGGAAUUCCGAUAUUUUUGUACGACUGUUCGAAUGCUAAAAUCGAUUCCUUAUAGUCAACAUGCAGUACUUUUCCGAAGCAUUUCAGCAAAUCGUGGGAAAGUGGGGGGUAUAAGCGCGACAUGAGACAUCCGGAAUACGCUAAAAAAAACUGUUAAAAUGUGUUGUAACAUAUUGUUCAAGGCAUACAUAAACUGCGAACUGACAGGACUUGCUCUACGGAUUGUUAUAUCUGAAAUACUGGAUUGAUUCGAUAAGUCACAUUGAAAAAAUGAAUAUUUACUGUUUUUAUAGAAAGGGCUCGAUGAAAAAUUUUAUUUUUUCUAUUUUGGUAUUAGAUAAAUUGCCAAGUCUCCGAUAAAAAAGAAAUCGAGUGGGGAACUUUUUUUAACCCUAUCGGAACUUCAACGCAUAUGUGAGGCGGGUUUGUUGCUCAAAUCCAGCGAACCUAUAGGCUGGGUUAAUUUCUCAUUUCCAGGGGAACUGUAAGCUGGGUUAGUCAGACAAAACCAGGGAACUAUAGAUUGGGUAAGGGUAUAAUCUAAUCAACUUGCAGUGGAAGUUCUAUAUUUAUAUCAACCAAACAUUUUCUCACCCUAAACACCAUAUUGUUUUGAGUUGACCUGAUAGAAUCACCUCAAUUUGUCCACGAUCACAGAACAAAUGAUGAUAGUGGUAACCUAGCAUUAACAAGAACUGUCAGCUCUUUUUCUAAAUCUUACAUAAUGCAAUGGUGAAAUUGUGGCAUGAAGCUAUGAGUGAAUGUAUGUUGUGUUGUUGCGAUAUAUUUGUUUUAGUUUAUUAGUUAAUGAGAAAUUUUGACGUCAAAGAAAAUAUUUCAUAUUA